AGCCCACUCCGGGUGUGGGUGGGCACACGCGUGUGUGUGUUUUCAGGUGAGAGGAUCAGCAUUGAAGCUGAACUCAGAAAGAAGUUAGUACCGGGACAGUGUGGCAGGCACAGAGCAGGCCAGAGCUCUCUGAGGGGGCCCUGAUUGCGGACCAUGGGGCCAAUGCACUGAGGGCCCCCCAGAUGAAACGUAAAAAUCAAAGUGGACUAGAAAAUAACCAAGAAAAAGAAGAACAAGAGACACAGAGAGCAUAACAAUGGUCGCAGAGGAAGUGAUAAUUACAUUGUCUGGUGGAGCACCGUGGGGCUUUCGUCUCCAGGGAGGUGUGGAGCAUCACAAACCACUCCAGGUGGCUAAGGUGCGUAAGCGCAGCAAGGCAUGCAGGGCUGGGUUGCGGGAGGCUGAUGAGUUGGUGUCCAUUAAUGAACAGCCAUGUGGAACGCUGUCCCAUGCCCAGGCCAUGGACCUCAUCGACAGCUCUCCAGGGAUAUUACACAUCCGGGUCAAAAGGGUGCCUGCUGGUUUUCAGUCCGUGGUGCUUGUGACUCGUGCUCCAUCUCCCCGCAUAGACAAAGAGUACCGUGCUGCUCUGCGCGCCAUGUCACCCACAAACCCCCACCAUGCACCUGUCCGUGAGGUACAUCAUAGUCGCUCCUCCUUGACCAGUGGUUUAACAUCUCCACCUGGUAGUGAGGCUUACUAUGGUGAGACUGACAGUGAUGCAGAUGUGGCAGGCUACGAGAGGCAGCGCAGGCAGAAACGCCGCAGCCCCAGCAACUCCAACCCAGGAAAACCAACAGGACGAGCUUCCCCUGAAGGCGGGGAGACGUCAGAGAUGAGCGGCUAUGACAGUGCUCCAGAUGCACAUGUUUUUCCCAAAUUGUUGGAUGGACGUGGGGGAGAUGGAGAUGGAGGAGGGGGGCUCCCAGGGGUGGCAAGGAGGGAGGUGAUUUACCAGCCUCCUGGUCCAGGAAUGUGGUCCUCGCAGACAUCUACAGAGACCUCCUCUAUCAUCUCCUCAGCAGAUGACCAGGGGCCACGGGAUGGGGGACAAGAGGAGGAUAGUGGCUUUCUAGAGCCAGCUAACGUGCCACUGGUAUCCCCUGAGAGGGCUAAAGAGGCGCUGAUGCUGGGGUCUCGUAGCCAAUUUGUGCCCAUGGUGGGUCCUGUGAAUAAACCUGUUGAUGAGGAGCUUACGACAACCUACAUGGAAAAGGCUAAGCAAGCUAAACUGAACCGAGGGGAUACAAUGCAAGACAAGCAAGUAAAAGAAGCCAAAAGUAAGUGUCGAACAAUUGCAUCCCUACUGACCGAUGCUCCCAACCCGCACUCCAAGGGGGUACUGAUGUUCAAGAAGAGGCGACAGCGCUCCAAGAAGUACACUCUCACCAGCUUUGGUAGUGUGGACGAGGAUAGGUGUCAAGACUCACAAGAGGAGGAUGGGGUGUUUCCUGGCAGUGAAUCAGAGUUUGAUGAGGAUGGUUUUUCAGCAGUUCCUGACCCUACUUGGGAUAGUGAUUAUUUGGAUAUGUUGGAGAAGAGGGCAACUGCAGGUGCUGAGGGUCGUGGGGAUGGGGCAGAGGACGCUCCUAGUCCAGGGUUGAGUGAGACUGCAGGUAAGGGAGCUCAGUUGUUUGAGCAACAGAGAAAGAGGGCUGCUGAGCAUGCCAAGAAGGUAGAGGCAGCACAACCACAGGCUCCUCCACAGUCUCAAAUCGAGGAGCAGGUACAAGCCCAGAUGCAACCAAACCUCCAGUCUCAUCAAAUGAUACCACCUACUCCUACAGCCUUACAACAAGAGCUUUCUCAGGCUCCAGGUCCAAUUGCAGCCCACGGAAUGUCUAAUGGGGAUGUGUCCUACUCUGCAAGUAGUGCAACUUGCAUGAUGUCGCCUCCAGCUGUGACUCCCAAACCAGCCACUGCUUCAGUUACUAUUCUGACGAGACCUGCACCACCAACUGAAACACCUUUACCAGAAUUAUCUGCUAGUAAUGUCCUCAACAGAACAGCACGUCCUUUCACUCCUGGCUUUAUCAGCAUUAGAGCUGCGACUGCCCCCGUAACGUUCCGACCACCUGUAGCAAAGACGACUCAGCGUCCUGCCUCAACAGCUGUGGUGCCACCACCUUUCUCCACUGCCUCUGAACUAACCAUUAAUGCUACAUCAGUAACAUCACAACUAGCCCCUGUUCCCCCAAAAGUGGUCUCUCCACCACCCUCUGUACCUCAAGGUCCCCUGGCACAAACACCAGAAGCUCCUGUUACCUUUCACCCUCCAGCCAUCUCUACCGCUGUUGAGAAAGUGCAGUCAUCACCAACAUUAACCACUGUUCAUCAUGCUCCAUUUGCAACUGUGCCCCCAGUGUGUAUGCCUUCAGUGCCACUGGUCCCACAAGCACCAUUGCCUCCAGCCCCAAUUCCUUUUGUAUCUCAAAUUCCUGGUUUAGCUGAUCCAGUUGCUCCAGUGCCUCCACCUCAAGUGCCAGUUGCUCAGCCACCUCCCCCUCAAUAUUCUAUGGCUCCUGCGGCUACAGUGUCAGUGGUCUCUCAGCCCGAAGCCACAGCUCCAAUCCCUGUUCCUGGUCCAACAGGUCGCACAGGAAUCUUACUUGAGGCUCGACGGCGGGGUGGAAAACCCAAACCAAUGUUCAAUGUGCCAGAUGUCACAAAGAAAUCUCCCAAUCCUGAUCUAUUGUCUAUGGUGCAGAAGCUGGAUGACAGGUCCUCCCGACAGAAUUAUGGCCAACAACCAUAUGAGAAUAUCUAUGAUGGUGCAGAGGAGGAGAGGAAUGGUGAGGUCAGCAUAGGGAGGACACCUCCUCCAGUGGCACCCAAGCCUAAGGUCGUCCAUGAGACCCCACAGUUUCUUCAAGCAGGGGGUAAGGGGGCUGAGCUGUUUGCUCGCAGGCAGAGUCGCAUGGGUAUGUAUGUAGUGGACACCCCACCUGAGACCCCUUACCAGCAGGAAGUGGCCUUGCACAGCACAGUCCAGCCCCUUGACUCCUCCAAUCCUUCCCAGUGGAAAUACUCCCCAAAUGUCCGUGCCCCUCCACCAAUUGGGUACAACCCACUCCAUGGCCCCUCUAUCCCUAUGGGGCCUCAGAAGGAUAUUAGCAAGCCAGAUAGUAGGGGCAGAGCAGGCUCCCAAAGAGAGGGCAUUAAAGCUCUGGAUUUUAUGAGAAGGCAGCCUUACCAGCUCAACUCUGCCAUGUUCAACUAUGGGGGGAGUGCUACUAAUCUAUCAGCCAUGCCUUCUUACCAGGCCCAAAGGCAACACCAGGGUGAUUACACAACAACAAUGGUGGGCAGCUCAUUAACCCCACCUAAGCAGAUCCCCAUCAAAACAGCUCGUGUCUAUGAGGUCAAGCGAUUUUCCACACCAACACCUAUGUCAGCUCCCACUCUGGCUCCCAAAAUCAUUGCACCCCGCUCAGCCACUACCCUUGGAGCACGUUUAACUCAUUCUGACAUGACCUCCCCACCUCCUGCUUCUUUAACUCCAACCCCAGCCCCUCUCUUUACAUCAGCACCAGCACCAGCCAGUGCCUCAGCUUUCACCCAACCAGCUGGACUGCCUAGCCUCCCAAAAUUCUCUGCAACCCCUAUUCCAAACCCUGUGUCCCAUGCUGUCCCUACACCCUACACUCCAGUAUCAUAUACCACUGGACUCCAGACAGCCAAGCAGUUCCAGAGCGCCCCUGAGCUCAGUAUUCUUGCCUCUUUGCCCCCACUCAAGUCCAAUGCAAUUCAGGCACCCAAACCGCGUUUUGUUGCCACCAAGGGAGGCGUCCAGCCCCGUGUCUGGAGGCCAGGGGCAAUGUGAACAGCAGUAAAUCAGUCACUAGGAGACAUGGCCAUACCACUCAUUUAGUGAUGAAAUGUCUACAGAAAAUUAACUGAUAAAAGUUUUGUUAAUUGGUUUAUUGUUUAUGUCAAGCAAAAAAUUCCAAUUGUUCAUUGGUUCCAGUUUAUCAAAUGUGACAAUAUUUUGCUUUUCUCUACAUCAGCAUACAUUUAAUAUGUUGGGGUUUUGUGUGGUUGGUUGGGUUAUAACAUAUCAGCUUAGGCUUUGGGAAAUUGUGACAGGCAAUUCUCUAAUCGACUCAAUAUAAAUAAAAUAACCAAUAUAUUAAUAAGAUAACUAUACAUCCAUUAAUUCAAGCCCCUGAUGAAUUGAUUCAGUAUAAAGUCAAAAUCUAGAAACAACUCAAAUUUUAAAAGAUGUUUCUUACCAUCUUUAUUUUCCUGCCAACACAUUUACUCACACAUGUAACUGAGUGACAAUAAUAGCAGAAUAUAUUAGUACAUACUGUAUGAUGCUGUAUAUCCUACCAUGUGCCUGUCCUGGAGGAGGUUUGUGUAAGGCUUCUGGAGAUCUUUUUACUAAUGUAACAGAAAUACCAUCUAAACAGAGCCUGUACAGAAUAUUCUUUGAAACUUGAAAUGUCUGAAAGAUGUUGAACAUUGAUAGUUGGAGUUGUGACCACAGGAUUAAAUCACAUAAUGUUUGUUGUAGUGUGCUGACAGGUGAAGGAUCCUAGAGCAACAUGCGAUUGUGUUAUUCAGCACUUGUCCUACUAACUGAUGUGCACAAAUUUUUUUUUCCCUACUCUGUCUGUAGCAUUAUCAUGAAGGAACCCAUGAUGACCCAGUCUUCUCAUCCGGGGGUUUUAAUGAUACAUAACCUGUUGAAAAUUGUUAUAUGUUUUUAAACAACUUAGCUCACCGUGAACUAUAUGUGAAAACAAGUUUUACUCUUUCAAGUAUUAGUGAGGUUUUACCUCAUACUUCUGAGCACAAUAGCGCAAUGCUGUCUUUUUAGCAUGGGUCACAUUCAACAAGUGCCCAGGCUAUAACUGAAUGUACACUGGAUAUCACAGCUUCUAGUGCUACUCAGGCACACCAGAGCCUCCUUAAUGUGAGUGUGAUCUUUGCAGAUAUAUGUAAAUUCUUAACUUUUAUUAAACAAAUAAGACAGAUUAAGUCAUGUGUAUUUUGUUUUGUUUAAUUGUGAUUUAAUGUGAAGUUGUGCAAGGGGAUGUUGAAUGACUGAGAGACAUUUAUAAAAGGGUUCACGAAAUGAGAGUGCUGUGAAGAAAGGAUAUGAGGUACCAGUUUACUGAAUGGAGUCAUAGGCCACCAUUUCACUUGAAGCGUUAUGGUCAGAUGUGGUUCCAUCUCAGUAAAUUGGGACUUAAAGCAUUGUUCAAUUGUACAUAGUUAUGAAAUCCCACAGCCUGUAGAAGUUGAAUGAGGAUGUUCAGGAAAGUUUGAUACCUGAAGUUUGCUGGUAAAGCUAAAAAAAAAGCUGAUGGAAAGAAGAAAGAAAUAUAGCUGGUGUCUUUAUAUUCAUAAUGGUUGUCAUUAAAAAAUAACAACAAAGCAACAUAUUAUAUAUAAAUAUUUAAUGGCUAUGUACCUCGAGAGACUAUGUAUGUUAUUGGAAACAAGCAAGAAACAAAGAAAUGGAUAUGAUGUUUUCAGCUGUGUAAUUCAUGGGGAGAUACUUUUGUUAUUUUUUACCAUUUUUCAAAUAAAAUCUGUCUUAAAGCAUUUUCUUGUUUUCAUAUGGCUGCAAAGGUCUAGAGUGUGCAAAUAGCUGUGUUGAGGUGUAAAAUAUGACAAAUACAUGUUUGUGAAUGUAGCCUCUAUUAAAUAAGUUUGAAAAUGUUUGUUAUUGAUACUUUGAAGUUUAUAUUGAGUACGAGAUGAGACAUUUCUAAAGGAAAUAAAAUUAGAUUUGAAAGCUC